UGUUGAAGGGCUAGCGUGAGCGGUUUACGAGAAGGUGUCGAGAAAACAACAACGGCUAACUAACGGAUAACCAACAUAGUGGCAGCGCUUUUUUUUUUAGCUCUGUGGCAAAAAUAGAAAUCACUUAUUAUAUGUAGACUUCACUGGCAGAGAUUUUUCGAUAGUCAUUUUUGAUGUUUUAAAUUACAAAAAAAAAUUUUUUUCUUGGCUAUAAUUGUUUACUCAUAAAAUAUACACACUCAACGUGGCUAAAUAAAGCUGCUUUCGCUUGAUCGUUAAUCGUUGCUUUUGUGUAUUCUAAACGUUUGAGUUUGUCUGUGUGUGUUUGUGGGUGAUAACCUAUUUUUUAAACGCACUUUAUGUUUUUUUUUUUUGAGAAAUGCAAUGUGAGCAAAGUUGAAAAAUAGCAAGUGGCAGAAAUAUUUCACCCGCGAAACUACAUAUUUGACUUUAACCGUGAAGGUCUUUGAGAACAGACAGCAACCUACUUUGUUCUUAGUUUUUUAUGCAAUCAAAAUAUUUAUUGUUGGCAAAUAAAAUAGUAAACGGAAUUCAAUAAGGGUAUCUGAUUCGGCUUAUCAGUGCAACCAUUUACAUUGAAACCAAUGAAAUCUACAUUCGAGAAGACUUUAGCAAAGAUGAUUUAUAUUGCUGAGGAGAAGAAGAAGCUUGGCAACGACCAAUACAAAGCACAAAAUUACCAGGCUGCACUUAAACUCUACUCUGAUGCCAUCCAACUAUGUCCCGAUUUCGCUGCUUACUAUGGCAACCGUUCCGCUUGUUACGUUAUGCUUUCCAACUACAUAAAUGCCUUAAGCGAUGCUCGUCAAGCUGUGCGACUUGAUCCGAAAUUCGAGAAGGCCUACGUACGUAUCGCCAAGUGCUGCUUGGUCAUGGGCGAUAUGGUUGGAAGCGAGCAGGCUAUUAAAAAAGUGUUGGAGUUGGACGCUCAAAGUAAUGCUGUCAAAACAGAACAACAAGGAUUGCAGCAGUUGCGUCAGCUGGAGAAAACGAUACAAACAAAUUACGAUUCUAAGGCAUUCCGCAAUGUUGUCUAUUAUUUAGACAGUGCUUUGGCAAUUGCACCCGCCUGCCUUAGGUAUCGUCUUCUCAAAGCGGAAUGCCUCGCGUUUCUUGGCCGGUGCGAAGAGGCUGUGGAUAUUGCCGUAAGCGUUAUGAAGUUAGAUACUACAUCCGCGGAUGCUAUAUACGUUCGUGGUUUGUGUCUCUACUACACUGACAAUCUUGAAAAAGGCAUUUUACAUUUUGAACGCGCUCUUCAACUUGAUCCCGAUCAUAAAAAAGCCAAAGAUAUGCGAAAUAAAAGUAAAGCUUUAAAAGAGAUGAAGGAGAAUGGAAAUACUCUCUUUAAGUCGGGUCGUUUUCGAGAAGCGCAAACUGUGUACACAGACGCACUGAAGAUAGAUGAGCUAAAUAAGGACAUCAAUUCAAAACUGCUGUACAAUCGGGCAUUGGUGAACUCAAAAAUCGGCUCUUUGCGAGAUGCCAUCGCUGAUUGUACACGUGUUUUGGAAAUCAAUUCCCAAUAUUUGAAGGCAUUGCUUCUACGUGCGCGUUGCUACAACGACCUAGAGAAAUACGAAGAGUGUGUGAAUGAUUACGAGACGGCGUUGCAGUUGCAAAAGACUCCAGAGAUUAAGAAGUUAUUGCGUGAUGCUAAACUUGCGUUAAAGAGGUCUAAGCGUAAAGAUUACUACAAGAUCCUUGGUAUAUCUCGCAACGCCACAGAAGAUGAAAUAAAGAAAGCUUACCGUAAGAAGGCAUUGGUGCAUCAUCCGGACCGACAUGCCAAUAGCAGCGCAGAAGAACGCAAAGAAGAGGAACUGAAAUUCAAGGAAAUCGGUGAGGCCUAUGCAAUUUUGUCGGAUCAACGCAAAAAGAUGCGAUAUGACAACGGCCACGAUAUAGAAGAUCAAGAACAAGAUUUUGAUCCCAAUCAAAUGUUCCGGCACUUCUUCCAGUUUAGCAGUGGAACAGGGCCGGGCACAUCGUUCGGAUUUGAAUUUUAAAUUGUGUUUUGACCAAGAUUAUGACCACCUCAUCACAACCAGGAUGUUUUUCAUAAGAUGUAUUCUCUACAAUGCAAACAACCGCAAAUGCAGUUACGCAGAAUUCAAAUAUAAAAACAAAACCAAAUUGUAAAAACCGUUGCUUGUCGGUACUUCAAUGAAAAUCUUUUGAAAAUGUGAGGAAAAUAAAAUUAUCAGCGUUUAA